GCUAUUGCUACGAUCAAAACAAAUGUUCGUUUGUCAAAAAUCGAAUAAUGCAAUAUUAAAAGAGGAUGAUGAUUUGAAAGAAUUGGCAAAUAAUCUUCUUAAAAUAAUAAGAGAUAAUUAA